GGCGGCGAGAUCGCCGGGGAAUGGCGGUUGGCCCUGCGCCAGGCGGCCUUAUUGGGAAGCUGGCUUGUGUUGCUCCCUUGCGUGGCGGGUCGGCAUUCCUAGAACCACAUGUCUCUAUAAAGAGUUCUACGACUCCUUCCCACCCCGCCGACUGUUUCUGAGUCUCCUUUCUGCAUAGCAUCUCAAUUCCUCUCCCCGCAAUUGUCUUGUUACUCACGCCCACCAUGUCUUUCAUGUCUCUGCUUAUGCCCGUUCUCGUGGCCACUCUGGCCACGGCCUCGCCCCUGAGCAGCCAGAUCAUGACCAAGCAGGACCUUGCUGGUGUUCCUGCUGGCUGGGAGCUCAAGGCCCCUGCCCCUGGCCAUAUGACCAUGGAUAUGCACAUUGGCCUUAAGGAAGAGAACUUGGACACGCUCAGACAGCGUGCUCUACAGAUCGCUGACCCUGACCAUGCCGACUACGGUAAGCAUAUGAGCAAGGCCGAGAUUGAUGCUCUCACUGCCCCCUCCAAGGCCACUGUUGAUGCCGUCACCGAGUGGCUCGCCUCCCACGGUGUCUCUGCUGGUGAGGUCAACAGCGGUUUCAUGAAGGUUGCCGUCACUGUUGAGAAGGCCGAGCAGAUGCUCAGCACCAACUACGGCGUCUACCACGAUGCUGCCCGCGACCGCACCACCGUCCGUACCACCAAGUACAGCCUGCCCAAGUCUGUUCACGACUCCAUCUCCCUUAUCCAGCCCACCACUCUCUUCACCGACUUCGGCAUGGGCAAGGCCAGACGCCAGGACAAGCUCAUUACCGCGCGCGCCAGCGACGCCAAGAAGGCCUCCGCUUGUGCCAGCGGCAAAUUCACACCCGACUGCCUGCGCGAGGACUACAAUAUCUCCGGUUACACCCCUACCAACAAGACCACCAUUGGCAUGACUGGCUUCCUCAAGGAGGACCCUAGCACCAAUGACUUGAGCCUCUUUGUUCAAAAGUACACCAAGUUCCCCAAGGACACCAGCUACAGCGUUGUCACCAUCAACAACGGCACCAACGGCAACAGUGGCACCGGUGAGGCCAACCUUGACACCCAGAUCGUCAAGGGCCUGACCUACCCCAUCAACAACGUCUUCUACUCCACUGGCGGCCAGCCUCCUUUCACCCCCGAUGAGGGCACCACAGAAAACACCAACGAGCCCUACCUUGAUUGGGUCCAGUACAUGGUCGGUCUUGACACCGUCCCCCAGACCAUCAGCAACUCGUACGGUGACGAUGAGCAGACUGUCCCCCGCGACUACGCCGACAAGGUGUGCACCCAGUUCAUGAAGCUCGGUGCCCGUGGUGUGUCCGUCCUCGUCUCCAGUGGUGACGAAGGUGCUGCUGGUAUCCGCGACAAGAAUGGCCAGGCUGGCUGCCACCUCAACGACGGCUCCAACGCUGAGCGCUUCUUGCCCUCUUUCCCUCCCAGCUGCGAAUGGGUCACUGUGGUUGGCGGUACCACUGGCUCUGGCACCAAGGAGGCUGGCGAGCACGAUGGCGGCGGUGGCUUCUCCAACUACUACCCCCAGCCCGACUACCAGAAGGCCGCUGUUGCAUCCUACGUCAAGGGCCUCGGCAAGUCGCUUCAGGGCAUGUACAACACUUCUGGCCGUGCUUACCCCGAUAUUUCGGCUGCUUACAACAACUUCCCCAUCUACCUCAAGGGCGACCUCGUCUACUACGGUGGAACCAGCGCUGCCUGCCCUGCCGUUGCCUCCGUCAUUGCUCUUCUUAACGACUACCUUGUCUCUCAGAAGAGGGCUCCUCUUGGCUUCCUCAACCCCUGGUUGUACAAGAAGGGUAACGACAUGAUCCGCGACAUUGCCCAGGGCAACAAUGUCGACUGCCACAACAAGGCUGCUUUCCCUGCCAAGGCGGGCUGGGAUGCUUCUACUGGCUGGGGUGUUCCCGACUUUGUCAAGAUGAAGAAGAACCUGUAAAUGAUGUAUACUAGAACAAUGACCCUGGAUGCGCACAUGUAAAUAUAUAUAUCUAUAGAUGACUUUACAAUACCAUUGUAAUUGAUUUCUUUUCUUAAAUG